AUGGUCCUCAAGCCCUUCAUAUUUGCGGCCGUGUCGCUGUUCAUCACGUACCUCAUCACCAAGCUACGCUUCAAACGAUUCAAGCAGUACGCUCAUCUUCCACAGCUGCCACCCUCCUUGAUAUGGGGGCAUAUGCUCGUGUAUGAUGAGAUCUCCAAACAUGCACAAAGGGAUAGGCAUCCAGAUCUCAUCUUUGCCGAGAUGUACGAGAAACUUGGAAGGCCGCCGUUGAUCUUCGUUGACAUGCGGCCCGUCUCAAAGCCCGUGGCUCUCAUCACGAGCCAUGAUAUUGCUGAACAAGUUGCCAAGUCUUCGACCCUAUUCCCCUGGAGUACGCCAAAGACGCCUACCAUGAAGGAUAUUAUACAUCUACUUGGUCCAUCAUCUCUCAUCAGUGCAGAGGGCGAGGACUGGAGGAAACUUCGAAAGCGAUUCGCGCCUGGCUUUGCGCCGAACCAAUUGAUGACCCUCCUCCCCUAUAUAUUGGACAAAACCGAGCCGUUCAUUAACCGCCUUGAGGAUCACGCCCGUUCAGGCGAACGGUUUUCCCUGUUGUCCUUGAUAGUCAACCUGACGAUUGAUGUUAUCAGCGCUGUCGCCAUGGAUGAGGACCUUGGAGCUCAGAGCGUUGAUCCAUCUGGUCAGAGUCAGGUCAUCCGCCUAUUCAUGGAACUGUUAAGUACCUACUCGAGCAGACAUAAUCUGCCCUGGUGGCUAGCCCCCAGCUUAGGAGCCAAGCGUCGCCGACUGGCAGGACAAGUCGAUGGGAUGCUACGAGAUAUUGUGCGUCGCAAGUUUGACGAGCAUCAAGCAAUUGGCGGAGGAGACAAGUCGCGCAGCAUCCUUUCGCUGGGUUUCCAGGACAUCAAUGAGCUCACUCCUGAACUUCUCAGCCAUACUUCGGAUCAAAUGAAGAGCUUCUUCUUCGCCGGUCAUGAUACAGCUAGCAUCCUCCUCUCCUGGACUUUUUAUGAGCUAUCUCGGACUCCCCGAGUUCAAAAAGCGGUUCGUGUUGAACUGGACGAACUGUUCGGCCCUGAUCCGGAACCGUCUGUUGUGAGAUCCAAGUUAUAUGCCAACGGAGAAGAUCUUGUUCGCCGCAUGACAUAUGUGUCAGCAGUUAUUAAAGAGGUUCUCCGAAUACACCCUCCGGCAGGAACUGGUCGCUAUGCAGAACCUGGGUCUGGAUUCACAGUCCGUACAUCGACGGGAGAGGAACUCUGCUUGGACGGCACCAUCAUAUACAACUGCCAGCACAUUAUUCACCGUGACCCAGUCGUCUACGGCGCCUCGGCUGACGAUUUCGUCCCAGAACGAUGGCUUGGCGACACUAGCACAUGGGGAUUUACACCUAGUGCUUGGAGACCGUUUGAACGAGGCCCGCGGAACUGUAUCGGCCAAGAGCUUGCGAAUAUUGAGGCCCGUGUCAUCAUUGCCAUUGUUGCGCGUCAGUUUGACUUUGUCAAAGUUGGUCUAGGCGAACUCGACUUGGAUGACAAUGGGCAGCCUAUUCUAAACGACAAGGAUCAGUACAAGGUCAAGUCAGAGCUAUAUCCUGUAGGUCAAGCUUUGCAGGCACUUCAAGGCGGUUUAAGCAGCUAA